AGCCGACUCUAUAUAAUAAUUGUCCCAGUAUCCCUACUAGAAUCGACAGUAUAAAUCGCCCACGUCAUAACAAUUGCCUAACGAAACGCCCUCUCCAGAUUGUGCUUGCUAACGACCGAUCCUCGUUGUCCUAACGUAACCUUACUACUUUUACGAGUGAGUUUCUUGUAGUUCGAUCAAUGCCUGAGUUUAUUAUCAUUUAUCGCAUUACAAGAUAACUUAGUUAGCUUAGUUAUCUAAUAGAAAACGGAAAGGGAAAAUCUUGGAAGGCGUCGUUAACAAGAAGGACUUGCAGGUUGCACACUUCUUUCUUCCCGAAUGCUAUAGAAAGCCAACGAAAAGAUCGCAGGCGGUGAGUCGGAUUACUCGCGCUGUUUUUUAUUGUGCGCAGUCUCGAGUUUUGUGCAACGAGUGUUUCCAAAAGUCGCCGAAAGCCGAACGCAGUUGCGGAGAUGGGUGAAAACAGACAAUGUAUAUCCGAAGACGUGGAACCUUACGCAGUCAUCGUAGAAAGUGAGAAACUCAGCGGGUAUCAAUGGGACCACAUUUUCGAAGUUGCGGAUCCGCAUUCAUUGGACUUCGAGGUACACAGAAUUGCCUUGAAACAAAAGCCAACGGAGAAAAUGAGUAUCGAAUUUAAAUUUAAUGCCGAGCCCAAUAAACAGUCGGCUGACGAAUAUUGUUAUCGCGCUACGUGCAGCGUGAUAUUUUACAACGAUUUGCAUUUAUUCUCUCAAGAUUUCGCGUACGAAAUUUUAUGCGAAAGAUUUGAGGGUGUGCCUAGAUUGCCGGAACAGCUAUUCACUAUGCUUGAAAAAAGGAACUCCGAGCGCAUAAAUAAUAUUCAGAGCCAUUUCACAACGAAUCAGUUGAUUCGUUCCGAGCAGUUGCGUCUCUGCGUUCGUCGGCAAGGCCCGGCCGAUUUGAAGAGUGACGCAAAACCACGCGUUGACUUCCGAACUCAGUGUCAAAGCGUAUCGCAAGAUAUUGUUAUACGUGUCGAAGAUAAGAAAAUCAGCGCUCACAAAUUUGUGUUGUCGUAUAAAAGCGAAGUGUUCCGAGCAAUUUUUCGCAAUCCCAAAGUAAACGCUCUAAAAAUCGAGGGAUACAGCUCCUCGGUCGUCAAGAAAAUGUUACAUUACGUCUACACGGACGAAGUCGAGAGCGCCAGGGAUGAUUCUAUCUACGAUUUGUACAGAGUGGGAUACGAGUACGCAUUACGCGGCCUCUGCCGCUACUGCGAAGAGCAUAUGCUGUUCAAUUGUAGCCGUUCAAAGAUCGUGAAAACGCUUGCCUCGGUAGAUGUGUCCAAAACGAGUUAUCUCAAAAGCUGCUUGUGGAAUUUUGUCCAGGCUCACGCGCGAGAAAUGAUCGCGCAGCCAGAUUUCGUUGUUUAUCUGUGCCAAUCGAUGAACAAGAAUAGUGUUGUCCAAAAAUUACUGUUUGCCAUAGAGCACGAGCUCAGCAUGCCAAAAGAGAAAGCUAUAGAGUACAUUGCGCAAAAAUAUACCGUAAUGAAGGACAAUACCGACUUUCUUGAACUGUUUCAAUCACAUCCUACUUUAAUGAAAGAGAUAUACUUAUUUUAUUGCAAUCGUUACGCUUCGAUGGAUCAUCAUUAGGUCUUGUAAAUACAAUGUACAGUUUUUUAUGUAUAGCUUUUGUGGUUCUCUAAUUUUGUCACUAAUUUGAAAAAUCAAUUAUUUUUUAGUAAUUAAAAUAUCCAAUACCAU